CGACUUCUGCCAGCACAACAACCUCGCUGCCCAGCAUCCUUAUUGUUAUCACCGUCAUCAUCAUCAUCAUCAUUAUCACCAACAUCUUCGUCACCAUCGACAACAACAACAAGACUGUCACAAGUCUACAACUGCCUCGGUACCAUCCAUAACAGGUCCCAGAUAUCGUAGCCUUGCAACAAUGGCCUCAGCAACCAGCUUUUACGACUUCAAGGUCCCUGACAAGAAGGGCGAGGAGAAGCCCCUGUCCGAGUACAAGGGCAAGGUCGUGCUCGUCGUCAACACCGCCUCCAAGUGCGGCUUCACGCCCCAGUACGCGGGGCUCGAGAAGCUCUGGAAGGACAUCAAGGAGAAGCACCCAGACGACUUUGUCAUUCUGGGCUUCCCCUGCAACCAGUUCGGCGGCCAGGAGCCCGGCACCAACGACGAUAUCCAGUCCUUCUGCCAGGUCAACUACGGCGUCUCCUUCCCCAUCAUGGGCAAGAUCGACGUCAACGGCGACGGCGCCAGCGAUCUGUACAAGUGGCUCAAGAAGGAGAAGCCUGGCAUCAUGGGCAUCCAGAUGGUCAAGUGGAACUUUGAGAAAUUCCUCAUUGGCCGCGACGGCACCGUCAAGGGCCGCUGGGCCAGCACCACCAAGCCAGAAUCGCUCGAGAAGCCCAUCCUGGACGAGAUCGCCAUCAAGCCAGAGUAGAUCCCCGCUUCUGCCGUCAUGUUAGCCGCUGCCAGUGGCCACUGAGAGGAGAGAAGAGCAGGAAAAGGGAGAAAGAGGCAGAACCUGAGGGCGUGAGAAGAGAAGUGAGGGACUGGGUGGGGGAUCGUCUUGUCUUUUUUUUUCUUCUCGAAUGAUCAACCGCCGUGUUGCCUUCCUGGCUCCCUUUGGCCACGCAAGGCGACUGGAACGGCACCAGCGGAUGAUGUCUUCUCCAUUCUUGCGCCCGGCUUAUCGGCGCCGUCGAGGCACCGACCAGGACUGAGGCUUCGACGAACCUUGGCCCUGGAGGGAGAUGAGAGAGAGAACCGAAGAGAUCAUCCACACGGAGAGGCCGUGUUGCCGCGUGAGCCUGCUUUCGCCCCUCAUCACGAAACCCGUCGUACUUUGAAAGAAGUAGCAAGUUCGUGCACAGUGCAGCCGCCCGACCACGGUCUCGCCGAUGUCACCUAUCUGUCGUCAGCUCGAUUUGUGGGUAGAGGGCUCUUAUAAUUGUAUGUAUAUAGAAGCAAGGAAGAAGACGAAUGAUACCAUGUUUGCGGU